AUGAGCUCCAACCCGACCGGACAGCCGGGUCCGUCGGGCCAACCAGGCCAGACCAACGGCGCCAGCCCCAAGCCGCCUCUCAAGAAGAUCCCACCACACCUCCUCCGGCGCAAGAAGGCCGAUCCCCUUGUGGCCCGCAAGAAGCCUGUGCAGCGUCCGCCCACAGCCCCGGGCGCCAGCAUUCUGUCGUCGGCCAACCGGGCCGGCGUCACAGCGUUCAGUCUGCCGUCCGAGGCGCGGACGCUCAACACGCUCACUGCGGACGAAGAGGCCAAGAAGCUGGCUGCGUUCAAUGCGCAGCGCAAGGCCAACGGCGGAUGGACAGACCCCGCGCCCGAGGGUGGCUACCGCGAGUUCCCGGUUGUGACGACGAAGCGGGCGCUGCGCGAGGGCAUCCGCUACCAUGUGAUGCGCUUUGCCAAGGCGGGCAAGGGCGGCGACGACAAUGCCGAGAUUGACCCGACGAACCAAGACGACUUCACGCGGCCGGUGUCGCUGCACCGCCGUGAUCCCCGGCAGCCGGCGCCCGGCCGGGCCGUCAAGGAAGAGGCGACACCGGCACCAGAAUCGGUGGCGACGGCAGACGACAAGGAGGCCGAGAAGGCCGCGCAGCUCAAGGCGGAGCGCGAGGCACAGCGGGCGAUUGACAUGGCCCAGAUUGCGCCAGUAGCAGCCAAGGAGUCGGCGCCCAAGAAGCCGGUGCAGCAGCAGAAGAAGGAGAAGCAGUUCCAGCUGUACUUCCCCAAGAACACGGCCGAGCAGAAGAAGGAGACAGAGAUUCGCUACGAGGAGGCUCUGCCAUGGCACCUCGAAGACGCUGACGGCAAGAACGUGUGGGUCGGCACGUACGUGUCGGCGCUCUCGGAGGCCAACGUGGCGCUCGUGAUCAACGGCUCGUCCUUCCGGAUGGUGCCGCUCGAGAAGUUUUACCGGUUCACGCCGAAGCCGCCCUUCAAGGCGUACUCGAUUGAGCAGGCCGAGGAGAUUAUGGGCAAGAAAAUGACGGCGGGCCGGUGGGCGAUGCGCGACGACGAGAAGCGCAAGGCGCGGGACGAGCUGGAGGAGACGCGCAAGACGAUUGGCGGCCGCGCACGCGUGAAGCUGGAAAGCAGCACAUACCGGUCGGCACCGCGGUCCGAAAAGGUGGACCACGACGACAUUGACAUGGAGGGCGACGAGUUCCAGGACGACGACGAGAACGUGGGGCUGGAGCCGGACAACGACGAGGACUCCAAGGACACGCGCGAGCGGCUGCGGCGCAACCACUUGGGCGCCAACCUGUUUGGCGAUGCCGACGAGAAGGAAAUUGACAAGGAGGAGGAACAAGACAAGGCGGCGCGGAAAACGGGCCAGCUGGGCAAGCAGCUGCGGAAGGCGCUGGCGAAGCGCGAGGCGCAUCUCGAGUACCUCGAGUAUGUGGACUCGGACACCAACUCGGAGAAGGAGGAUUUCUUGGAGCUCUCGAGCGAGGAUGAAGACGAGGACGACGAGAAGAAGAAGGAGGAGGACGAAAAGGCCAAGGCCGAGGGUAAGGACAAGGACAAGCCGGCCACAGCAACAGGUACGCCCAAGGGCAGCACCACGCCGCAAGGCAAGAAGAGCUCUGACGCAGCUGCGAUUGGCAAGAAGGGCAAGUCCCUCAAGCGGCCGGGCUCGCCGAAUCUCUCGGAAUCUAGUGGCAACGAGUCUUCGCGCAAGAAGGUCAAGAAGCACGCCAACGGCGGCUCCGUCCGGCCCAGUCGCUCCUCGACGCCCCUGCCCGGCCAGCCGCCGCGGGCGAAGAUCCUCAAGAGCGGCUCGUCCACGGGUGGCGGCGCCCUGAGCGACGGCGAGGCGACCGCCGGCGAGAUGUCCGACGGUGCCGCCAGUGGCAAGCGGCGGAUCAAGAUUGUCGGUGCCGGCGCCCGCAGCACGCCCUCGGGGUCCCGCGCCUCGAGCCCGAACCCCACAAAUACCGGUGCGCUGUCACCUGGUUCCAGCCCCGGAUCGCCCGGCCGUGCUGGUUCGCCCGGCUCGCCGACGUCCCGCGCCGGGUCGCCGGGCGCCGCCGGCUCUGGCUCGAUGGACGCACAGGAAAUUAUUGCUGCGCUGCGCAAGAUUCCCGAGGGCAUCACCGUGGGCGGUCUGCUGAAGCAGUUUGGCAACCGCAUUGGCGACGGUCCGAACCAGAUGAAGCGUAAGGAUUGGAUCAAGCUGGUCAAGGAGAACUCGGUCUUUGGCGAGGACAAGCUUCUGAGAGCAAAGACGCCGGGUUCUGACUAG